AUGAACGUCAAAAAGCAACAGAUGCAAUUGCAGCUGCAGCUGCAGCAACCACAACGGCGGCACGAUCGCACCGGGUUCGAGGCCCUGUUAGACCAACCGGUGCCGGUGUCCGAGACGUCACCGCCCGGCGGGACGUCUCCAUGGUCGACCGGCGUCACCGACACGGCAGGUCGCUACGAUCACCCUCACCACCACCGGGGUUCGGACGUACCCUCCGACUUCACCGGUUCGCCGACCGAAGCCGAUGACGCCACAGUCGCCGCUACCGCCGCUCGUCCCGGACGCCCGCAGGACGAAGCGGUUACUACCCCACCGCCGCCGUCACCUUUGUCACUACCCAGCCCUUACUACGACCGGAAUCCCGUCAUCGGUUUCCCGGUGCAUCAUCACCACCAUCAUCACCACCAUGUCCCCAAGUCGCCGCCACCGAUCACCGCCACCGUACCGCUGGGAAACGUGCAAAACGUCGUGCACGCCACCGGCGAUCAUCAGGACCACAACGAUCUGCACCACACAAACAGUUCAAAAUACUACUACCAGCGGCACAACUACAAGUCGGGUGGUUUGACAGAUGGGCGGGACGAUGACAAGGAAAACAUAAAGCAACGGGACACAGCCGACAGUCUGCAACAGCAGUUGGACGAAGUAUUGCAGGCGUGUGUGGACUACGAAGAGCGGAACAAAAGUCGACAGCAGGCGCAGUCUGAAAGCUCAGGGAACACGUCGCCAGCCAAUGCGGCGCCGUCGACGACCACGCCACCGCAUCAAAACCGGAUCAAAACAAAUGGUUCGCUCCCACGGGAUAGCAAGAAAUCCUCCACAGAAACGUCUUCGCCCACGUCGCCGUUGUCACCGAUGACAUCGCCACUAUCACCAAUGACAUCGCCACUGUCUCCAUCAUCAACCUGGCCAUCCGUGGCUACCCCAUCUCCCCCUACACUGUCACCGUUGUCAUUGCGCGCGGCAGGAGGAGACAAUGACUCGGUAUUUUUGGAAAAUGACAAUGUUCCGUCGUCAUCGGCAACUUGUGGAAGUCCCAGGACCAGAAUAAGAACGCAUGUCCAGUCUUCUACGACGGCCACCGAAGAUUUAUACAACAGUGGCAAGGACCAUCAACUCGGCCAGAGUCAGCUCAACGGGCACGACGGCCCCGACGAAGGUUUCAAAACGUCGCCGACCGCUGCAGAUAACCUCUUGUCGAAAUCGCCCGACCGACCGCUGCAACAAAUGAAACUGCAGUCAUUGCAGUCGCCUUUCCUCCAGUCAUCACCGCCGCCUUCGUGGCAGACGACGACGAUGUGGCUGCGUUCGUCACCGUUUGCGGUGGAUUCCAAAGAAGGUAACACGACGACCACUCCGACGGUUUCGUUCGCUGCUGCCGACAGGGUGGCCGAGGUGGCCGAACAACGUCGGAAGCUGCUGGUCGAAUUGUCCUCGCACAAGUCUCGGCUGGUGGAGUUGCACUUGCGCCGCGAAGAAGUCGACCGGGAGUUGAUCAUCGAGACCGCUUUGCUGCGUGCUGAACUCGAUGUUGCCGAUGAUGAAACCCGUCAGUCGGACAACAUCGUAGACGGUUUGGACCGGGCCGUGGCUGAUUGCCGGCAAAAAAUGGAUGUCUGUACUGUGAAACAGCAGGACCAGAGGAUGGCAGCUGAUUCACAGUUGGCAGGACACCGGCGAACACUCCAAGGGUUACGGAAGCGAUUAGAAUCGAUCGAGGACAACGACGUGCUGAAAACUGAAAUACGUGCUUCCAUUGACAAACAGACGGAACUGUUGGAUGCCGAACAGAAGUUGUACGAAGAUGUAGAAUUCGGAUUGCUUGAAGAGGAGGCCGGAUGGCUGGCUCGCAGAGAAGAGUUGCACAGGGACCGGGCCGCGGCCGUGGCGGUCAGACGGGCUCGACGGGCACGCGCCGAGUGGUUACGCGCUCAGCUCGAUCAGCUCCGAAGCGUGGGCGAUGACCAGCUACGAGCACUGCGGACUGACAUAAACACAGCGACAUUGUCCAUUCAACAGGGUCACAAGAAACUGCAAGAUCUGGACGCCACCGUAGCCGGUACGACGACUGCAACAAACACCAUAUCAGACCAAUACCGACGUCCCCAUCAGUUUCACUACGAAAUGCAACCAGCAGCAGAACAUCAAACACCCAAGUCUUUGGAGUGGUCGUGGGACCAGCAAUUAAAAUCUCCAAUGUCAUCGAGAUCACCGUCGUCGUUGUCGUGGGACAUGCAGCCAUCAAGGUCACCGUGGUUUUCGACAGCCACUCCCGUGACGGAAGACACGACGGCCAAUAAUAUCAAUAGCUUGAUGACUGGUAGCAUGACGACUACGUGCUGUAGCAGUAUAGGCAGCAGUGGUGGCGAGGACGAUGGUUGUACCAGACCGAUAUCGGAUGACUCUAUUUCACGAAUGUCAAUGUCGACUAUCUUCGACGGAGGGGCCACGAUCAAACUACGACCAAAAAACAAAACGUCUCCGUCGGACAUCACAAAAAGGCCGUUGACUAGAUAUCUGCCGAUCCGGUACGACGGCGACGGCUCGACAGAGAACCGGAUGGCGUUCGACUUGCGCGCGCACAUCGAGUCGGCGGGACACCAGCUGGACGACGACAGCGGCGGCGUUGACCGGCACUUCUGGAUCGACAGCACGUCGUGUCGAGGCUACUUGAAAAAGCUGUCUGGUGCCGGCGGAAAGAACGCGCGCCGGGGCGGACGCAAGUGGCUGAAGAGAUGGUUCGUGUUCGACCGGCGGUCGAGGACCCUGUCCUAUUAUCGCCGCCGGUCGGAUGACGGCGUCGACGCCGCUAACCAACGAGCGGGCGCUGCCGCCUCGACUGAGAAGAAAAUCCCACCAAGGGCGUCCAUCCGUUUUCAGGACAUUCAGGAAGUGUACGUCGACCACACAAACAGCACCAAGGGACAGGGUUGCGCAUUCGUGGUAAAGACCGCCCAGCGGACCUUCUACUUGUCGGCGGCGACUGGUCAAGCAGUCCGAGUGUGGGUGGACGUCAUAUUCACUGGCGCCGAAGGGUACCGGGAGUACCUAAAAGAUUCGAUCGCCGAGGACGGGAUCAGAUGCGGAGACGGUCGUCGAUGA